GAUAAAAUAAUACGUAAACGUCCCUUAAGAUGGACAAAAUAAUAUUUCAUGAAAAACUUUUGAAAACUUACUUUUCUCGCCUUCCCGAAUGAAGAGCUUUGUUUAGCGGAUGUAGUUUGUUUUAAAAAGGUUUUAGAUUGCACAAAGCACUGAUUUUAUCCGACAUCUAUCAGGAUCCUUGGGCUCGUAAAGAUAAUGACGGACAUUACAGAAGAAUACUUAUUGAAGUGUUCCAAAUGUAAGAAACUUCAAGACAUCAAGAAGUUGAAACUUGGAAACAAAAGUAUCAAGAAACUAGAUAAAGACCUCUUCAAACAACUUUCAAAUCUAGAAGACAUUGAUUUAUCUCAAAACAAGCUUACUACUCUACCAAGGGGCCUCAAUUGGAAGAAAUUACAAAUUCUAGCUUUGGAGGAUAAUGAAUUAGAAGACAUUGAGUUUGUUGGUGAAUUCCCCAACUUGUGUGACUUGUACAUUGAGGGAAAUGAUAAACUCAGGAAGUAUGGUGGCUAUAUCGCUGUGUACCUCUGCCCAAAGUUACAAUGUUUAGAUGAUAAAGAUGUAUUCUACAUGAGGAAACAGGUCACCAACACCAAAGACAAAGUCGAAAUGGAGGUGAAAGGCAUAUGGGAAGGUGGCUUUGCAGAUCACUAUAGAGACAGGAUACCUGCUCAAGAACUCGAACCCCUGGAGAAGAAUUUUCUAGAAACACUAUCUAAGCAUGAUUUUGAUACAAUGCAUGAUACUUCAAAAGAAUAUCAAAACUUUGUGAAACAUUCUCUGGGCAGAGAGCUGAUCUCUUCAGUGCAAAAGCAGACAUAUGAGUCCCCCAGUAAGAGGUCUAGGGUGCGCAAAGUCCCUGCAAAAUUUAGUGACUUAUUUAUAUCGGAAAAACAAAGCCAGCCCAAACAAGACAAACACAAUAAAAUCCAGGAAAGUGAGAUUGAUUGGAGCUCUUCAGACGAGGACGGGACAACCUUUACUUCAUUAAAAAAGAAAAAAAGUAAACCUGCUGCAAAAAGGAUCAAGCUUGACCCAGCACCAACUGGGAACCUGCCCAAAGCCCCAGAUUACGAUCCUGUUCAUUUCCUACGCUGUCACUCAAAAGAUAAUUCCCCCAGUGAUUCGAAAACAACUAUAUGGUGCUGUCAGUUUGAACCAAAUCUAGAAAAAACAGGGGAAACAACAAAUAUUGUCGCAACUUGUGGCGGAAACUCUGUGUGUCUGAUUGAUGUUUCAACUGGCAAAGUUAUGAAGAAAUAUCACCAUACAAAAGAGGAGCUAUUUGUUUUGUCUUGGACCACUAUAAAAAUGGAGGUGGAGAAACAUAAAAGACGAACCAACAUACUGGCAGUAGCAGGUUACACAAGGGAUGACACUAUUAAGUUGAUAGAUCCGGACCAAAACAUUUGCUAUGCUGAGUUGAAAGGGCACACCAAGUCUUUCAAACAGCAGAUCAAUGCUCUUGUCUUCCACAAAGAUCACCCUACAUUCCUGUUCAGUGGUGCUAAAGGAGAGAUUCUGCUAUGGGAUAUUGGGAUUCCUGAAUUUCCAGACUUCAAAGUUAAAUACUCAAUCCUAAGGUCAUUCAGUCAUACUGGUGAUGAAACCUUGAACCUUUCACUGUGCAUGAACCAGACAGUGCUCAUAGCAGGCUGUGCCCUGGGGUGUCAUUUCUGGAAUCUCAAGGAGAAAUACUUCACUCCCCUCAAAUCCUCAGAGAAAUCCAAACAAAGUGCUGGUAAGGCUGUGCUGUUUCCUUCUUGUGACAGCGAUGUUUCAUGUGAGUCUGUGACACUUCUUUCUGACACGCUACUUGCAACACGCUGUUAUGAGGAAAACACUAUACAGGUCUGGGAUGUACCAACCGUGACAACAAUUGCCAUGGGCAAGAAACGUCUCAAGACUCUUACUAUGAAAGCUGAGCUUGAAUGGGUGGAUACGGAUGAACCAUACAUCAAUAUGUCAUUCCAGAAAAGUCUCGGGCUUCUAGCAGCGGGUGAUGAUGCUGGGAAUAUAAGACUGUAUAAUUUAAAAUGGUUGCUUGGCAACACUGAGAGUGAUGAACUGUUUGAGCCAUCUAGGAUAUUACCCUGGCCAGAGUGUGAGGUUGACAAGUCAAACAGUCUCGAUGUUCAACUGAAUAAUCUCAAAGUCGAUCCAUUGCUUGUAGUGUCAACUGGAUUCAAUAGCAAUGGAGAAUAUCUUGUAGCAGGCACCAACAAUAACAUGGUGUGUGUAUGGAAGAAGAACAAAUCAUCUUAAGAGAGAGAAACGGAGAUUAUGAGAGACACUUAAUCCACAAAAUAUAAGGAUUUACGAGCAUAAGAUCCCAAGGAAUAGUGAAUGACUAUAGUGAUGAUGUACUUAAAAGACACAGACAAAAGUUCUGUCUUGAGAGAAAACCAUUCUUAGAACCU